AUUUCCUGCAGCAGUAGCCACUUCUCCGCCACUCGCUCCUGCACAGCAGUGGUGUGGCCGCUCUGAACGCACUCUGACGGGAAGAAGAAAACACUCAAAGUGAAGGCCUCUAACGUGUUCACAGCGACGAAGGAUAUAACACUCAUAUAACUGUUUUCUAGUCUUAGUUCCAGUUUUUUGUAUUUGAUAGUCUCGUUCAGAAACAAGAAGGCUCAUAAUGGCGACAGCUGCUGUGUCUGCCCCUGCUGGCCCCAGCCCCGGGUCGGGGACGGAGCUAGUCCGCGGACAGGCCUUCGACGUCGGGCCUCGGUACACCAACCUCUCCUACAUCGGAGAGGGAGCCUACGGGAUGGUGUGCUCUGCCUAUGAACGAGACAACAAGAUACGUGUGGCCAUUAAGAAGAUCAGCCCUUUUGAGCACCAGACCUACUGCCAACGCACCCUGAGAGAGAUCAAAAUCCUUCUGCGCUUCAAACAUGAAAACAUCAUCAGCAUCAACGACAUCAUCCGCACACCUACCAUUGACCAGAUGAAGGACGUAUACAUUGUCCAGGAUCUCAUGGAGACCGACCUGUACAAGCUCCUUAAGACUCAGCACCUGAGCAACGACCACAUCUGCUACUUCCUCUACCAGAUCCUAAGAGGGCUGAAGUACAUCCACUCUGCCAACGUCCUGCACCGUGACCUGAAGCCCUCCAACCUUCUGCUCAACACCACCUGUGAUCUCAAGAUCUGUGACUUUGGUUUGGCACGUGUGGCUGAUCCUGACCACGAUCACACUGGGUUCCUAACAGAGUAUGUAGCCACUCGUUGGUACAGAGCACCUGAGAUCAUGCUCAACUCCAAGGGCUACACUAAGUCCAUAGACAUCUGGUCAGUGGGCUGCAUUCUGGCCGAGAUGUUGUCCAACAGGCCAAUCUUUCCUGGGAAGCACUACUUGGAUCAGCUCAACCAUAUUUUGGGAAUCCUGGGCUCUCCCUCUCAGGAGGAUCUCAACUGCAUCAUCAACAUUAAGGCCAGGAACUAUCUUUUGUCGCUGCCUUUACGCUGCAAAGUGCCGUGGAACCGCCUCUUCCCCAACGCUGAUCCCAAAGCUCUGGACCUGUUGGACAAGAUGUUGACCUUUAACCCUCACAAGAGGAUCGAGGUGGAGGAGGCCCUGGCGCACCCUUACCUGGAGCAGUAUUACGACCCAACAGAUGAGCCUGUUGCCGAGGCCCCAUUCAAGUUUGACAUGGAGCUGGAUGACCUACCCAAAGAGACACUGAAGGAUCUCAUCUUUCAAGAAACUGCACGUUUCCAGCUCGCAUUUAGGUCCUAACAUCUCAAACAGGUGAGUCUACAUCCCAUGCAAUCAAGUUUAUAACCUGAACACGUACAUAAAGAGAGAGGGGCAGUGUGUAAAACUACAGGUGCAUUACACAAUUGCAAUUAGCUACAUUAAAGUCUUGAAACAUUCAACUUUUAAAAGUGUGACAGUCCUCGCCUCUGCUUCAAAAAGGUAGCACAGUUGAGGGUCCAUCAGGAGAACUAUUUGAAACACUAAUACUGCAGGUGAGUGGUGUUACAGCUUUAACAACUACUGUUUUAAUAUGUGUUUCAUUUUACAACUCAACACUCAAGUGCUAAAGUGAGGAUCUUGCAUCACAGUAUAAUAUAGAUUUAAAUGUUGCUUUUAUAAAGUGUAAAAUGUAAGUUUUCAUGAAGAUAAAGGCACUUUAAAAGUACACCAUUAAGUAUAAUAGAUGUUUUUCUGCUUCUAAUUCAGUUCAAUUUCAGUCUAAUUUGUUUUUUGGAGUCAGAAAUUUAAUAACCCUCAGGUAACUAUGGACCAUUUUAAGGAAACAAAAAUGAUGGAGAAUUGAUUCGGAAGCCUCAGAGAUGUUUAUGGCAUUUAAUCUGCACUCGCAAAAAUAUGAAAAAUGUUCCAAUGUAGCUAUAUUACCAUGCAUUGUGGCUUUUUUUAAUGUAAAAAAAAAAAGGUAAAAGUAUUUUAAAAUAAAAUGUCACUUGAGCAAAAGCGAUAGGAGAUGCCCACCCAUUCUCUGCUAACCACCAGCUGCUCCCUGACGGGCCUCUUUUUGUGAUAAUAACCGUCCUUGCUGCCUUUUACAGCAUAUCAUUCACCGUGUGUCAGCGUAUGUAAUUACUGUGUUUCCUGUGCAGCAAUUCGAUGCAUAACAAAAGUCUACUGAAAAGCAAUAGAGUGUGACAUCUCCUUAAUUAGAGCAGCACAAAGCUGCUCUGCAAAGGCAACAGUUUGAUUGUUUGUGCAACUUUAAAAUGUAUUUUCAAACCCAAUGCUCUUAUGUCAGUAUCUGUAAUAUGUUCUUGUAUCUCAAAUGCUGAACUAUUACAUUGCCCCUUAAUGGGAUCAAAGUAGAAGCAGAAGGUGAUUUGACAUUUAUUUCAAAUAUAAAAUACCUGUUAAUGGUUUAUUAAAGAAAUGGAAUAUUCUUGCUGGCAAGAACACCUACUUCAUAGUUGAAGGUUGCGACUCUAAAAGGUUCAGAAGCAAGGCCCAGUAUCAUAUUUAAUACGCAGAGGCAAUACAUAGUGCAUUUUCAGAUGAAACAACACCAGCAAAUGCUAUUGCAACCAUUUAAAAUAAACACAAUUGGAAACACAAAUACCAGAUGGGAAAUGUAUAUUUUUAAUAAUGUUCUCUCAUGCUUUGCUUCCGCUUAUUACGCUGCUACUUAGUACAUUUUGAUUUAUAAAUGACCGUAUUGCUUCCCCUAAAACAAAACAUAACUUAAAGUGACGCCAGCACUGAUCGAGGUUUUCUGCUCCCAAACUUUCAUGUUCACUUUUUUUCCAGAGCCCAUACCAUGUUCCCUUUACUGUUUGAUUCCUGUCUGUCUUCCUCUGUGGAGUUCUCUGUCCUACAGCUCUCUAAGUCAUAUCACUUCUUUCCUUCCCUUUCAACUGUUAUCUUGUUCCUCCUCUCUUUUUCUUUUCUUACUGGGGGCAGUUUAUCCAUCUUGUAUCCAAAGUAUCAAAAUCAAUAUUCAAAAGAUAUUCCACAGGCUGUCCUGAUCAUGGAGUUUAUUUUGCCAUCGCUGACAUUCAAUCCGGACUUUUUUCUGUGGAUUGAUAUGACUGCACAUGGCCCCUUUAUCAGAUGUCCUAGGCAGUGGUCUUCUGUCCAAAAAGAGCCAGACUGCUGAAUGUCUAAUGUGAACAAUCAGAAUUGAGUAUUGAACUAAGCCGUAUAAUAAUUUCCGUUAACAAUCUAACCGUUUUUUUCUCCUCCCAGACUGUUUUCUGGCACUGGCUCCUGCGUGGCCACCUCCUACCUCCACACUGUUGCUGUGAUGGUUUAUUUUUUUUCUGGGUUUUAUUUUCCUCUCCUGUCGUCCACAUCACCCACCCCCCUUGGGUCUCACUCGUCAAGUCCCACUCUGCUCAGGAAUGGCGUCAGGAAUCAACCAAUCAAUCAUUCUCUUCUCUCCUUCUCUCUCUCUCUCUCUGUCUCUGUCUCUGUCUUUGUCUUUGGGGUGAGAGGACACUGUUGAGGUUUACAUCACGGCUUACAGUUUUGGGGGUGAUUUGUGUUUAAGCCAAGAUAACAAUUGUUUUUGUGUUGUCUCAAGGGUGUUGGCUCUGGCUAUACCUUUCCAAGACCUUUUAUGUCCAGUGGAAUGAGCGUGAUACACAAGCUGUUUGUGUUUAUUUGGUGCGACUGUCCUGAUGGUCACUCUGCGUUCAUUGCAAGAACAAACAGUAUAUCACUUAUAAGAAUCAUUCAGCAUAAAAAAGGGGUCUUUUGAAUUUUCUAACCUUUGUUUAAAGGGAUACAUUUGAUCUCUAUCUUUGACCCUCUUUAUCUUUUUGCUGAAUUAAAUCAACUGAUUUAUGCAAUGAAAUAACAUAAUCAGCGACUUAAACAGGCCAAAAGCCAUGACUUGGUGUUGAUGAGGAUCUAUAUUUUAAUAAAGACCUAUUUCAUCCUCAACACUCACUAGGCCCAAAUGGCAAAUAUAUAUAUACAUAAAAUAUAUAGCCCAAGAGUCUUAAGAUAGUUAAGAGUGAGGAUCGAAGGUGAAUCAGAUGCAUUUAUAACCAAUAAUGUUUCCUUUUCUUUUUUUUUUUCAUCAAACACGAACAAAAAAUGCCCAUCUUCAUUUCUCAUUGGCUUUGAUACAAUUUCAGGGGUUGUGUAUAAAUGCACAUAUUACAAGUGCAUUGAAAGAUUUUCACCAUCAAUUUCUGCCUUAGCCACGAGCAACCUAAAGGAAAUGUCUGUUUAUAUCAUACGAGUCUGUAUGUACAGUAUGAUGUUUUUCACAUGGGAGAACAUUUUCCGCGCUCAGACAACAACGCAGAACUUAUCACAGAACUUGUUUUUGUCUGGAGGAAAUGUUGUUGUGCCUCGUCUUUCUUUCUGUUACAUGUUUUCUUUUCUCUUCGUCUCCAUUCUGUUAAUUCCUCUCUCGCAAGCCUUGUUAGAAUAAUACUGUGCCCUUUGCAUGACUGUUAUAAGCUCUGUAAACAAAGACAACGAUGUUAAGUGCCACACCAGCCAAGGGGACAGCGCCCGGCUCUUUCUGUUCCACCUUUUGUGGUAUGUCACACUUUCCAAUCCACAUGGUGCUUUUUGUCCUGUAUCCUUUUUUAGCUUUAGCAUUUUCUGUGUUUAUGUAACUUCCAUUUACAGGUUAUAGACUCCUCGUUUUCUAGCCAAACUCCAUCCUGCAUGCUGAGGUGUCUUGUUUGUGGUUGCAAAAAUAGGAGAAUAACCAUAUUACUGUACUUAUGCCAACCACACAAAAACCACAAAACAAGUUUCCCAAACGGGACAAAUGGGAUCCAGGCAUGGUACAGUUGAAAAAAUACUCAAACAUAACAGAUCGGGUUUUCCCAUUUAGUCUGUUGUGACUUUUGUUUGCGUUGAAUUGCACAUGUUCAGGCUGAUAACAGUUGGCAGGUCAGUAACUGCUGACAAACGCAUUUCAGCCAAAAAAAACAGCAGAAGUCAAGGCCACAUUUUUCUGUUUUGUCAGUUACCGCUGAUUAAAGACUGUUGAAUAUAAGAUUUUUAUUUUAAGCAAAGAUCAAAGUCUAAAUAUAUGUGGCGAAAAACAACCAACCAUGUCAUUUAAUCUGAGUAGCACUGCAGCGUCAUUUAGAGGUGCGUCUCAAGCAUAUAUACUAGUUUCAUGGUACACCUAGCCCUUUGUCUGCUACAGCACGCAGCACAUUUAGUGCUGUGUAAGUGAUUUAAUGAAUGAAACAAAGAACUAUUAAUCACGACACUAAAAACGUCUCAAAGUAGAUUGAAGUUCAAAUCGACUAAAAGGAUUCUUCAGGAAUGCUGGCACUUAAAGUAAGAAAUUAGAGUUAAUUAUAAAAUAAGACAAUUUCAUAACUAGCUCUGCUUCAGCAUUGUCAUAUAUCAUUUUGUGAAGUAUUAAAGGUCUCAUACAUUCUAGAGUCAUACACAUAUUUCUCUAAGGGCAGAGCUGCUCUGUGUUGAAAUAAAUCAGUUUUUUUCUUUUAAUUGUUCUGGCUCAAUAAUAAUAGACUGAAUUGAAGGAAGGGGCUUAGCGUGGAGGCUCUGCUGAAAUGCACUCAAGCCAUAACUGGUCUUCAGACCACAUCCAGCAGUGAUGUCACACUGUACCGGACACACCGUAUGAGUACACCUCUACAUCACUGCAGCCAGGGGGUUUUCAGAGGUUAAGAAAGUGAGACUUCAGAUAUCUGUAAUGAUCAUAAAGCAAGAUGGCCUCGCAUGCUGACAUAACAGAUGUGUUACAAAGCUUUGUACUGCAAAGAACUAUGUAGUAUGGCCUCUAAUUACACGUAAAUAGGAGACAGGGUUAAAUAGAGUUACAACAAACUAUUAUUAUCCACCCGCCGAUCCGACUAUUUAUUACACGAUUGGUCAAAAAAAAAAUUCAGAUAAUCUUUCCUGAUAUUGUUUUUUUCUUUAUCUCACCAACAGUUGAAAACAUGGAGAUAUGAAGUAAAUUUGAUGAUAUGAAAACUUGCAAAUGUUCGUAUUUUACCCUAAAAUACCAAACCCUUGAUCAGAACCUUUAAAGAUUAAGUCAUCAGCUGAUGCUUGAAUCCCUGUAGUGUCUGAAUUGGUCCACACAAUUGCGACAAUACCACAACCUAAAUUCUUAAGGUCAGAACGAAGGUUAGAUUCAAAAUCGUGCAAUAUUUGUAAGUUUAAAGUUAUUAACAAAUGACAUCCUGUUGAGGAAAUUCCUCUGAACCACAUGAAACUCAUCUGAAAAAAACUGUCUAUAACUUUAUUUGUAUUUUGUGUCCUAUAAUAAGUGCACAAUACACAGGGAGCUUUGAAGAAAAUAUUAGGA